AUGACCACCAACAACACCGCCGCUCCCACCAAAGCGCUCAAGGAAUCUGAUAUCUACGAUCGUCAAAUUCGCUUGUGGGGUGCUGAAUCCCAAGCCAAAAUGAAGAGCUCCAAGGUUUUAUAUGUAAACAUCACUGGAACUUCGGCGGAAGUCAUCAAGAAUUUGGUCCUGGCUGGAAUUGCCGCCACUCUCUGCGAUACUCGGCCCGUAGAAGCCAUGGCCGAUGCUCCUCAUUUCUUUUCUCCCCCAAAGACCAGCAAAAAGGUCAAAUACAGCAGCGUGGCGCAUGCUGUUAAACCCAUGGUGGAAGAUUUGAACAUGUUGUUGGGAGAAUGUCCCAUUUUGGAAAAGAGUGUUUCCAAUCUCGGAGCCGACGAUCUGAAAGACUAUACCGUCAUUGUGGCGUCGCAAAUACCACUAGCCCAAGCCACUCGUCUCGCGCAAGUGGCGUCCAAGUUGAAGAAACAAUUUUACUUGGCGGAUUGUUUUGGAUUCAAUGGGGCCGUCUUGACGGAAUUGGGUCAAGACUAUCACUUCCGACCCGAACAGGGCAAGAAACUCUUGGAACCACAGCCCCUAAAAGAAUAUUUGCCGUUGGAGGAAUAUGUCAAAGUACCCUUGCACCUGACCGUCAAUCGAUUCCACAAGAAACCUCCCAAAGUAUAUGUCUUGUAUCGUUGUUUACUGGAAUACCAAGCCAAAACUGGAAUGUUUCCCUCGCAAGAAGAGGACAUUACCAUCAUGCAAGACUUUUUGAAGGGACAACAAGUGGAGUUGGAUGACGAGCACCUUUCCAAAGAAGACUUGCAACAGUUGGCCAAAGCCGGUGUCGCUCAAUUGCCAGCCGUCUGUUCGGUUCUGGGGGGCAUGCUGGGCAAUGAAAUCAUCAAGGUCAUUAGUGGAAAGGGAGAACCUGCCAAUAAUACGAUAUUGUUGGAUGGGGGUCUCUGCAAGGCGUGGACAUUUUUGGUAAAAGCGAAAAAGUAA